AUGGAGGCAAUGAAGAUGAAGCUUUUCGUGGCGCUUUUGGUGGCGAUGAUAGCAUUCGCUGCGAUUCAACAAACGGCUGCAGCCGUUGACGCUCCGGCGCCAAGCCCUACCUCCGAUGCUUCCUCGUUUAUCCCUACUUUCUUCGCCUCCUUGGCGCUUAUGGCCUUUGGUAACAAUGCCAUGGACAUUGUCUCCAAGAUCACAGGAAAGGAUCCUGAAGCUGUUAAAGCUGCCUUUGCCUCUGUUGGAGAGGACCUUAAGAAAAGUCUCUUAAACUCUGAGAUGGUGGAAUCAUGUUCCGUAAAGGAAAGAUUUGUCAACGUUGUACUAUCAGAUGAGUGGAUGGCCAAGAGCAUUGAAGAUAUGCUUGUACAUGGUAUUGAUAUUUGGGCUCCUAAACUUUCGGUUAAAAGAGCUGUAGUUGAUUUUUCCUCCCCUAAUAUCGCUAAAGUAAUGCACGUUGGCCAUCUCCGAUCAACUAUCAUCGGUGACACCAUAGCUCGCAUGCUCGAGUACUCGAAAGUUGAAGUUCUACGCAGAAACCAUGUUGGUGACUGGGGAACACAGUUUGGCAUGCUUAUUGAGUACCUGUUUGAGAAGUUUUCUGACUCUGAUCGCGCGACAGAGCUAACUGUUGAAGAACUUCAGACAUGUUACAGAGCAGCACAAGCUAGGUUUAAGUCAGAAGAUGACUUCAAAGAGAAGGCACAGAAAGGAGUGGUCCGUCUUCAGGGUGUUUCUAAGAGUGUAACCUGUGUUCCCCAGUCACCAACAUGGUUUCUGCGUAGAACUUCAACUUUCGAGUACUCGAGCAUGCGAGCUAUGGUGUCACCGAUGAUAGUUGAUCAUGCAAAUGAACGAGCACUAGGACUUCACUUGCUACGAUUUUCUGAGAAUGUUGAGGAGGCAUGUACGAACUUGUUACCGAACGUGUUGUGCAAGUACCUCUACAACUUAUCCGAGUACUACAACAAAUUCCAAUUUAAUUGUCAGGUUAUCGGUUCGGAACAAGAGACAAGCCGUCUCUUAUUAUGUCAAGCAACAGCCAUUGUUAUGCGGAAAUGCUUCCACCUUCUCGGAAUCACUCCUGUUUACAAGCUUUGA